AUGGACCCUAAGGCACCAAAUGCAAAACUCAGAACAACACCCCAAUAUGCGAUAUACCAGCGCGAAAACUUCUGGAGGGUCAACGACGGAGAAGUUCCUCCGUUUAACACCGAUCCCGCUAAACUUGAAGCCUUAGCCAAAACCCGACUCACAGAGAACGGCUGGUACUAUGCCUCCUCUGGUGCCUCGCAAUCACACACCCAUCUUGUUAACCGCCAAUCUUUCUAUCGUCACCGCAUAAUCCCCCGCAUGCUUGUCGACACCAACACGCGCGACACUGCGACCACGAUCUUCGGCCACCGAGUGCCCGCUCCAAUAGGUUUUGCGCCCAUCGGUAUCAACAAGAUCUAUCACCCCCUCGGUGAGCUCCCCGUCGCGAAAGUGGCAGGGGAAUUGGGUUUGCCGUACUGCCUGUCAACAGCCGGAAGUAGCAGCAUAGAGGAUGUCGCAAAAACAAACGAUGAACUGGGAAAAGGAAUUCGAUUUUUCCAACUCUACAUGCCUCAUGACGACGAGCUCACUAUCUCCCUUCUUAAACGCGCCGUGGACUCGGGAUUUAAAGCAUGCAUCCUCACGCUGGAUACAUGGCAGCUUGCCUGGCGCCACGACGAUGUCAGUACUUCCAAUUACGCUUUCUACCGCGGUAUCGGUGCCGACUUGGGGUUGUCGGAUCCCGUGUUUCAGAAGAGGUUGAGGGAGAGGGGGAUUGAUCCAAAGAAACAGCCAAAUGAAGCUGGCGCGGCAUGGAUUGAUAAUGUCUGGCAUGGGCGAGCCCAUACAUGGGAGAAAGUGAAGUGGGCGAUGGGCGUGUGGAAGGAGAUUUCCGGGGACAUGCCAUUUUGUCUGAAGGGCAUUCAAAGCGUGGAGGAUGCGAGGAAAGCCGUGGAUAUUGGAUGUCAUGGGAUUGUUGUGAGCAACCAUGCUGGUCGACAAGUUGAUGGUGCGGUAGCGAGUUUGGAUGCGUUGGAGAAGAUUGCAGAAGGCAUGCCUCUCUUGUCCAAAAAGUUAGAACGAUUAUUGAUUCCACUCAAGCGGUCGGAGACAGGACAUACAUUAUGUUCGACUCAGGCAUACGCAGCGGCUCCGACGUAUUCAAAGCCCUCGCUUUGGGUGCAAAGUUCGUCUUUGUUGGUCGAUUGUGGGUAUCUCGUUGGCUCGAGUAUUCAAUACAUUAUAGAUACCGCAGUCAUUGACAUCUCCGCAGCGACCGCUAUCCUGACUUCACCCUUACCUUCAACGACAAUUACGAAAGCCAUUUGGCCAGAGGAGACGAUGGACCAGGAGUCUACGAAGAAGGCGAUAUCCACGCGGAUUCAAGAGCGAGCAGGUGAACGUGCGGCAGCACAACAGGCUGUUUUGUCGGAUCCCAAGUACAAAAAAUACACGCAGCAAGUGGAGAAAUGCCUCAACUCGUUCGAUAAUGUCCAUGAGUGGGCGGAUUGUAUAGCCUUUCUGAAACAGCUGCUGAAGACGUUCCAGUCGUACAUGCAAUUCAAGGAGAUACCACGGAAAUUGAUUGUCUCGAAACGUUUAUCUCAAUGCUUAAAUCCUGCACUUCCAACAGGCGUUCACCAGCGCGCAUUGGAUGUCUAUGCUCACAUUCUCGCGGUUCUUGGGUCCGAGGGAUUAAAGCGCGAUCUACCAAUCUGGUCGUCUGGCUUGUUUCCUUUCUUCGAGUAUGCUGCAACUUCAGUGAAGCCCACCUUGUUAAACCUGUACGACACCCAUUAUCUUCCUCUUCAAUCUGGUCUUCGUCCCGUGACAAAAUCAUUUAUUCUGGCUUUGUUGCCCGGUCUUGAGGAGGAGACAAGCGAAUUCUUCGAAAAGGUUAUAUCUUUACUUGACCGAUUGUCCGGAACCGUUUCUCCCUCCUUCUUUUUCCAAAACGUCUGGCUAGUCAUGUUAACAUCCCCUGCCUCUCGUGGUACAGCCCUCAACUUCCUGUCUCGCAGACUGCCACAAUUACACGGACUGGAAGACAUAACGGGGGUCGUCGGACAAGACCUUGGUUUGAUGAUACGCGCAUUUGCUGCAGCGCUUGAAGAUGAUAACCUACUUGUCCGACGCAGUGCUCUCGAUCUGCUACUUCAAUCCUUACGCGUGGAUAGCAAUACCAUAAGACGAGCGUCAACUGAAGAUCGUGCGAUCAUUAUGAGAGCAGCUAUCAGUGUCGUACUUCGCCGUGACUUGUCCUUGAAUCGUCGGUUAUACUCGUGGCUACUGGGUCCGGAAGAGAAGAGCGAUCGCCAGAUCGAGUUCUUGAAGACGAAUGCCUUGGAUUUACUGAAAGGCAGCCUCAAGGAGGAUAUGUUUACUCCAUCCGAUGAAUACAGUGAAUCAAGGCCAUUCAAGAUCCUCAUAUCACUAUUGGAUAAAUGGGAGAUUGGUUCAGCUUUGACAGAAGUGUUGAUUUACGAUUCAUUCAAAGCAAUCAAACGCCAUAUGGAGUCAUCGCCAGACGGGAAGGAAGAUGUGGCCAUGACAGCUAGUACGUUAUAUGAAGCUGCUGAGCCACAAAUGAUCUGGAAGCAACUCCUUUCCGCUGUAUUUGACGACAUAACUGGAGAAAGCGAACAUUUCGAGGCAAUCGACAUGGUGAUAUUUGUCCUCACAACUUUUACUCAAGAUGAAGAGAUACAAACCAUUCACCUUCCCCUAAUCUUCACAGCUAUUCUCGACCUAACAUUGAUCCAUCUGAACAGCAACAAUUCUCGGAAAGGACCAACUCAACUAUUGCAGCGAACACUCUUUCUCCUUACUACUAUGCUUCGACAGAUUCCACAGUCUGCUCUUUUGAGUCGACCAGAAGUUACUAGCGGGAUACAGAAGGCUAGUGUGUCACAACGACCCUAUGUCUUUGCAUGCACUUUCUAUGGGAUUAAAGCGACUGUAACUGCGCCUGAACCGUCCGGAUCCUAUUCGAAACCGUUUGGGUCUGCGUUCGAAGGGUUGAUCAGUCUCAGCAUGUCUCUAUCACACAAUCUAAUCGAGGCAUCUGCGAACCUCAACCUGUUGAGAGAAGUCUUUUCGCAAUCAUUGCUACUAGUUGAUAGGUUGGUUGGAAGAUUGAACACAAAGAUGACACUAUGUUGGGAGCCACGGAAGUGGUUGGCUACCGUUCUGGACAAUCUCAAGCAUGAGUCUGCGAAUUUCACAGUAGUGGACCGAAUCGUCUCUCUUAUCGUUGCUUUACAACAAACGCAGGGCUUAGAACCCAAUUUCUCGAUUGACGAACGAGCCACAAUGUCCAAGAUGGUCACCAGGCUAAUGUAUUAUCUACGCCCAGAUUGUGCAGCGUACCAUCUGCGGGCCGUGAACCUGGUCUGGGCAUUAGAAGCAUCCAUUCCAAGGCCACAUGUAGAAUCUAUACUAGCACAAAGCAUGGCGUCUCCAGAGUCGAGGAAUGUUCAAGAGACUUAUGAGUCAUUUGGUGUCCUUUGGAGGUUGACUGAGGACAAUCUUUUACCGGGUUUCAAGUUCAAGGUUCCGAUGAUGAUUAUACUCGACACGCUGAAGAAUGAAGAUCCGGUACUACGUCGAAUAGGAGAGACGUGGAUGCGUUGCAAUCUGAGGUCCUACACUCGGGUACUUGAUCCAUUAUUGUUUGACCUUUUGGAUCCAUCGAUACGACGAACUCCGACUUCAAUGAAGGUUGGCGGAAAGGAAAUACAAGGUUUCCUGUACGAACGUCCUUUGGACCAGAGAUACGCGCGUCACCUCCUUGAUAUGCUGCUGUCUAUCGUCCAAUUUGGGAGCCAAGUUUUUGCAAAAACCGCCAGAACAACCCCCAUCAAGCGUUCUCAGCAUCCCGGACUCGUUGAGAGAGUUGAAAUGGCUGGUUUUCACGAGUCAGACGCUACCUACCUCGAUGUGCUGUUCGAAAUCUUGCUGCAAUUCCUACAAUCGGAACCAAAGGCUUCUCUGGAACCCACUAUGAAUCCGUACAACGUCACCAUUCAUUCAACAAGUAUAGAUCUCCUGCAGGCAAUUGUGUCUCGUGGAGAGCUCAGUUCGAUAGCUGUGGAGUCUAUCGAAGCUGUGGCCAUCGGAAAACUAUAUUUCUUUGUCCAUCUAGGAAGACUUGACCUCCAAAAUAAGCUGCUACAUUUGUUGCACUCAGUAAUCUCUGCCUCGAUAGCCAUUGACAACCGGCAGCAUAGACAGAGGCUCACAGAUACUUCGGUCGAAAGCCAUAAUUCUACAGAUGCCGGCGAUGCACCAACACGCAACUAUUCGGUCAAUCCUCUUCUCAUCCAGACAUUAGUUGAUGGAAUAGCUGUUCCGACAAACCGAUCGAUCCUGCAACAAUGGCUUGAUUUCGUGCUCCUAGCUGUUCCUCAACUUCAGCCCUUUCUACAGGCCUUGGUUCCUCCUUUGAAUGACUGUCUUUGUCGGCAACUUCUGCUGUCGUUAAGAGGUGUCCUCGUGAUGUCGUCCAAAGGCCUCGAAUUUACAGGAGAUGACUCCUCUACGGCGACGGACGCAGAGUUUUUCAUGUUACUCAAUGCUCUUGAGCGACUUGUGUUAUUGGGUUUAGCUUAUCCCUCACAGGAGAGUAACUUUGACGAUGAUAUUCAAGUGGCGGAAAAACCUACGGAAAAUACCAGCAUUCUGGGAUACGUAUCGAAUGUCUUCAGCUCGGACGGCGCCCAGACAACCAACGAGGACCAACUGACGCCUCGUUCCCCUGCAUAUCGUGCCUUACAUGAAGGCGUUCGAGUUCUUUAUUUAACCUGGUGUACACUGUCGUGGACAAAUCCUGACAGUCCAUCAUCAAGGGAUGAAUCCCUUUCUCUCAUCUACAACAAAACACGAUUACGUUGUCGUCGCGCACUUGAGCACAUAUUCCGUGUUCAAUCCGGAGAAGUGUUCGAAUCUAUAGUCGAGUGCUGGAAUACAGAGUUUCCCGAUUUUAUCUUUUCUGCAGAUGCUCCCUUCGAGCUCGUCGAUGUACUGAUUGCAAGUGCUCAGAAUGCCGUUCACAUGAUCUGUGAAAGUAUCUCUCUGCGGAGCACUGGGAUCUCAGAAAGAAAGCGGCAAAUGGUCAAUCCUGAUCUGAGCGAUCUCGUCCUGUUGAAAUUCCUCGAACAGUACCUUCGUAGGCUUGAAGGGCCACUCGCAAUACAGGUGUGGGCUCGGUUCUACCAGCUCACAAAGGAAAUCGCUGGAAGUACGAAGGAGCUGAAGCCGCUUACGUUCCCCGCCCUUCGUUGUGUGACCGUCUUGGCAGAGAAGGUCACCCAGACGACGGCGAUGGAAGAUAGACGGAUUCGCAAAGACCUGCAGGAAAUUUACGCAAAGCUUCUUGACUCCUGUGUGGCCUUCGUAGGAAAAUCAUACGAUUCUGGGUCUUGGAUUCGUCGGACUGCCAAAGAGGCACUUGUGGCCAAUGGCAGAGACUCACCCGCUCUUCGUGGAGAAACGAAACUGGAUGAAAAGUUGAAUGUUACCACGCCGUCGCUUACAGUUGAUGCAGCCAAGCCUGGUCCGCCUCUUGAUCUUGUUUCUCAAAUCACCGAUUUUCUCGCUCUCAGUGUCCUUCCGAGUCUUCGACGCUUCCUCGUCGACACCGACAAAGUUUCCACUUCAUGCACCAAUAUUGCUUACUAUGUUGUUAGUCCGUGUCUGAGGGGGAAAUUGCGGCCGCUAGAGGUUGAUUCCACGACUAUAGCGAUCAUACAAGAAAUGACCAGGAUACCGUCUGCCUUCAAGGCUUGGAAGUCACCGGUCACAGAGCUGCUAAACGACAACAGACUUUUUAGCUGCACUCCCGAAUCAGCAGAAAUGUGGAAACCCAUCAUCAAAUCGCUGUUUGAUUCAGAUAAGACGGCUUUUCCCGAACUCCUCAGCAAAAUAGCGUCGGCCCCUUCUGCCAAUAUAUUCACCAACAGGGAAUAUGAGAUGCUUCUUCGUUCUCUCAAUCUUCGCAGAUUAUCACUGGUUUUACUUGCAGCAGACAAAAACCACUACCUCACCCAAUUACCGUCGAUACAAGAGAAACUCGUCGAUGUCCUCCGGAACGUCACAUCGCCAGUUGUGCAAAGCGAAGUUUACCUUUGCAUUCGGGUGUUGUUGUGUCGCCUUUCUCCACAUAGUCUAACGAGUUUUUGGCCUGUGGUUUUGACAGAACUAUAUCGUGUUCUCGAGCAAACGGUCACUGUAUUACCAACGGAUGGCGCGGAGGACCUUCCAUUGAUUCUUUCGGCUUGCAAAUGUCUAGACCUCUUGCUAGCGCUUCAGACCGAGGAGUUCCAAAUACAUCAGUGGAUAUUCAUAACGGAUACAGUUGAUGCCAUUUACAGACCGAAUGGUUGGGCGCCUGAAGCACUGAUGGAUCAACUGGCAGAAGUUGCUGGGAGUCUACCGAGAACUACCUCGAACGCCGGACCGAGUCCGGCACACAAUCUCUCGUCCUUUGGGAAUCAGCGGCCAAUGCGAAGGCCAAUUCUCAAUUCCAUACAUCAGAUCGACAGCAUCCGGGAACUGAUGCCAUUCUUCUCGAGCGUCAGUAUGUCGACGUACGAAAGUGUGUACGCGAGUUACGCGAACGUUGAUUGGGAUGUCGUGGAAAGAGGGUUACUGGAGGAUAUGUUUGAUGGCCGUUAGCUGUGUAUCUACGUAUGUACAUACCCAAUAAGUAUUGUCCCUC